AUGGAGCCCACUGCACCCGACUUACAACUUGUGUCGGAGAUGAUGAAGCACGUUCCUGUCCCUGCUCCGUACUCUGGCUGCCGUCGGACGGCUGUCACCACAGUCGUGGCCAUCACUAUGGUUGUCCUCUCCCUAGGAGUUCUUUUGGCCUUCCUCUCUGCACAGGGGGUGCACGUGGAGCACACGGCGCAGCUGCAUGGAAUCCAUUUCAGCAGCUCUCUCCAGCAGGAGACCUCGGACUACUACCGUCUCCUGACGCAUGCUCUGCAGACACUGGUGAGUGCAGCCGGGACAGAGAAGGAGGCAGCUGGGUGGGUGUGUGACAGGGGAGGUGGCGCUGUGGCCCCGGUUCACCGUGGCUCAGCUUCCCCACUCCUGGCUCUGUGGCCCCGGUUCACCGUGGCUCAGCUUCCCUGCUCUUGUCUGUUGCAGUUUGUGAGCAGUUUCCACGAAACAGAGUUAGAGUCGAGCUGCACAGGCUGCACUGUGCUCAGUUACAGGGAUGGAAAUUCCAGCAUCUUUGUGCAUUUCCGGCUCCACUUUUUGUUCCGAGCCUUCCAACCACUGAGCCUGGACCAGGAAGAGGACAUCUUGCAAAAAGGCAUCCAGGCAAGGCUGCAGGGCCAUGGUCUCUCCCUUGCUGCCUAUGGCACCAUUGUGUCAGUGGAGUUGACAGGAAGGUGUGACAGUCAGGUGACCGAGAGGGACUUAAAGUCAGGCCGCUGCCCCGCCAACACCUUCUCCUGUGCAAACAGUCAGUGCGUGAGUCGAGAGAACCCUGAGUGUGAUGACAGAGUGGACUGCUCCGACCGGUCUGACGAGGCUCAGUGCGACUGCGGCUGGCAGCCUGCCUGGAGGUCGGCUGGCAGGAUCGUGGGUGGUGUAGAGGCAGCCCCCGGGGAGUUCCCCUGGCAGGUCAGCCUUCGCGAGAACCAUGAACACUUCUGUGGUGCCACCAUCAUCGGGUCCAGGUGGCUGGUGUCUGCUGCCCACUGCUUCAAUGAAUUCCAGGACCCUGCGCAGUGGGCGGCCCAGGCGGGUAGCGUGCACCUGAGCGGCUCGGAGGCCAGCACCGUGCGCGCGCGCGUGCUCCACAUCUCCAAGCAUCCUGCCUACGACGCGGACACCGCGGACUUCGACGUGGCGGUGCUGGAGCUGGCUCGCCCGCUACCCUUCGGUCGCUACGUACAGCCCGCAUGCCUCCCGGCCGCCACUCACGUCUUCCCGCCACGCAAGAAGUGCCUGAUCUCGGGCUGGGGUUACCUGAAGGAGGACUUCCUGGUGAAGCCAGAGGUCCUUCAGAAAGCCACGGUGGAGUUGCUGGACCAGAGCCUGUGUGCCAGUCUGUACGGCCCCUCACUCACCGACAGGAUGGUGUGUGCCGGCUACCUGGACGGGAAGGUGGACUCGUGUCAGGGUGACUCUGGGGGACCUCUGGUCUGCGAGGAGCCUUCUGGAAGAUUCUUCCUUGCUGGCAUCGUGAGCUGGGGGAUCGGCUGCGCGGAAGCUCGGCGGCCGGGGGUUUACACCCGCGUCACCCGGCUGCGGGACUGGAUCUUGGAGGUGACCAGCUCGGCUGUGGGUCCCACGGCGGCCCCUGCGCCCGUCACCCCCAGCUCUCCCUGGCAGACCAGUCCCGAGAGUCCGGUGCCCAGCACCUCUGCCAAACCCACGGCUGCCCCCAGCACAGCACCACGACACCCUAGCACCGCGGCCAAGCCUCAAGAGUGUGGGGCCAGACCAGCGAUGGACAAGCCCACUCGGAUUGUGGGUGGGCUCAGCGCCGUGUCUGGGGAGGUGCCCUGGCAGGCCAGCCUGAAGGAAGGAUCCAAACAUUUCUGUGGGGCCACCGUGGUGGGAGACCGCUGGCUACUCUCUGCCGCCCACUGUUUCAAUCACACCAAGGCAGAACAGGUGCAGGCUCACCUGGGCACCACGUCCUUGCUGGGUGUUGGCGGGAGCCCCGUGAAGCUGGGGCUGCGAAGGGUGGUCCUGCAUCCCCGCUACAACCCAGGCAUCCUGGACUUUGAUGUCGCCUUGCUGGAGUUGGCCCGGCCACUGGUCUUCAACAAAUACAUCCAGCCCAUCUGUCUCCCUCUGGCCAUCCACAAGUUCCCUGUGGGCCGGAAGUGCAUGAUCUCAGGCUGGGGCAACAUGCAGGAGGGAAAUGCCACCAAGCCCGACAUCCUGCAGAAGGCGUCUGUGGGCAUCAUAGAGCAGAAGAUGUGUGGUGCCCUGUACAACUUCUCCCUCACGGACCGCAUGCUCUGUGCUGGCUUCCUGGAGGGCAGAGUCGACUCCUGCCAGGGUGAUUCUGGUGGCCCCCUGGCAUGUGAGGAGACACCCGGUGUCUUUUACCUGGCGGGCAUCGUGAGCUGGGGCAUUGGCUGCGCCCAAGCUAAGAAGCCCGGUGUCUACGCACGUAUCACGCGCCUCAAGGACUGGAUCCUGAAGGCCAUGUCCUCAGGCCCCAGCUCCACACCUCGCCCCCACACCUCCAGCACAUGGUUUAUCCCAAACCAGCCCCCCAGAACGGCUGGCCUCACUCUCCAAGAGGCUACCACCAGCAGGCCUGCAACCCCCAGGGCCACCAGCAGGGUGACCACUCGAACACCCAACACAACACUGUCUGCCAGGAGCACCACCACCAGGGCACAGACGCCAGAUCUGAGUGUUCUGGGCACCACCACACAUUCCCAGCUGCCAGACUGUGGCCUGGCACCCCCAGGGGCUCUGACCCGGAUCGUGGGCGGCACCUCGGCCUCGCGUGGGGAGUGGCCCUGGCAAGUGAGUCUGUGGUUGCGGCGCAGGGAGCACCGCUGCGGGGCCGUGCUAGUGGCCGAGAGGUGGCUUCUGUCCGCGGCACACUGCUUUGACGUUUACGGGGACCCUAUGCAGUGGGCAGCCUUCCUGGGCACCCCGUUCCUGAGCAGCGCCGAGGGCCAGCUGGAGCGCGUGGCGCGCAUCUACCGCCACCCGUUCUACAACCUCUACACGCUGGACUACGACGUGGCACUGCUGGAGCUGGCAGGUCCAGUGCGCCGCAGCCGCCUGGUGCGACCAAUCUGCCUGCCGGGGCCCGCUCGGCCCCCAGAAGGCGCGCGCUGUGUCAUCACCGGUUGGGGCUCGCUAAGGGAGGGAGGAUCCAUGGCUCGACAGCUGCAGAAGGCCGCAGUACGCGUCCUCAGCGAGCAGACUUGUCGCCGCUUCUACCCGGUACAGAUUAGCAGCCGCAUGCUGUGUGCAGGCUUCCCGCAGGGGGGUGUGGACAGCUGCUCGGGCGAUGCAGGGGGACCCUUGGCCUGCAGGGAGCCAUCUGGCCAGUGGGUGCUGACGGGAGUCACCAGCUGGGGCUAUGGCUGCGGCAGGCCCCACUUCCCAGGUGUCUACACUCGAGUGGCUGCCGUGCUGGGAUGGAUAGGCCAGAACAUCCAGGAGUGACCACCGUGCAGCUGGCGACCCAAGCCUGGACUGGACACUCAACCUACCGGGGGAGCUGGUGCCGGCAGGCACAGGGGUCUCAUGGGAACUACCCGUGGCUAUGUAUGUUGUUCCAAUAAAGAGCUCCUCUCCCUA